GUGCAUGGGAGGCCUUCCUAGGUUAAGUGAGGGCUGCAACCUCGGUGAGCCACAGGACCCCUCCCCUUCCCAAACUGCUGUGUUCCCAUAGUAGUGCCUUGACACAGCCCCAUAGCCCCUUUGGGAACGUUUACUUAAAGUAACAGUUAGUGGUGCCUUGGGGUAUGCCCCAGGCUUCCCCAGACCUGGGUAAGAUAGGAUCCCCUUGCAAGUUGGGAGGGAGUGUGUGACUUCGCAUACGGGCCAGUCCCGCACUGCGGGGUGCCCGCUGGACGGUGCCAGAACCCUCGCGUGCGCGGGGCCCCGCACCACGGGGCAGUGACGGGGCCGUCCGUUCGGUUCCAAACGUCCGCUGGCUGCAGCCGGUGCAAGGGGAGGGUGUAGCUCGGAGAGCGGACGACUGGACGGCGGAGGGUUGGCGGCUGUCCGGACCCCGCUGGGGAGGCGGGCGCGGGUCCCCAGGAGCGGAGGGUGGGAAGCCCGGCGGCCAGGCGCUUCGCCUCCGUUUUCCAGUGACUGAUGCGCGGGGCAGCGCCCGGGGGCGCAGUGGGCAGUGAGGGGGACAUGGCCGCCUGGCCAGCCGAGGGCGCGGACCGCUGCUGAGAGGGCGCACGAUGCCGCCCGCGACGGCGGCCACCACCAUGGUCUCCCUUCGGGAGCUGGCGGACUUGGCCAUCGGCACCCCGGAGGUGGGCGCCGUCAACUUCACGGCCCUGCACACGCUCAUCGUGGCCAUGCUCCGGAGCCUCAACCUGCAGGAGGUGCGCAUCGACUUCCAGUCGCCGUUGCCGUCGCCGGAGACGAGCCGCACCUUGGAGAUCCCGCAGACCGCGCUCAGCGCCCCGCAGCUGGCUGCGUCCAGAGAGAAGCCGCGCGGCAGCCUGACCAAGCCACCGACGGCCGCGGCGACGCUCGAGAGCCAGGUGAAGGGCCUGGGCGGGCAGGUCCAGGACCUCAGCAGGAAGCUCAAGACCGUCACGAGCCAGGUGCAGGGCAUCGUGAGCCACGUGCAGCACCUUACGGCUCCCAUCAGCGAGCUGGACGCCCGGGACUGGCUGGAGGAGGAGACCGCCAAGCUGGCGCCGGCCAGGGCACGAGCAGGGUCGUUGAAAACCGCGAAGGGCGAGCGGGCCACCGUCUCCCAGGUCUCCCAGGCCAUGGAGCUGCUGCGCGACGUCGUGGAGGACGUGAAAACCCUCAAAGAAGCCCAGGAAAAGGCGCAGGAGCUCCCAGCGACAGCCUUCCAGCGAAUCGAUGCUCUAGAGAAGAUAGUCAGAGAACGGGAUGAAUUCCUGGACCUCGUGGGCCGGAAGAUGAGUUUGAUGCCUGUUGGAGAAGAAGUCACCAUGGUCACCUGGGAGGAGCUGGAGCAAGCCAUUACUGACGGCUGGAGGGCCUCACUAGGGGUGAACAAAUUGGGCUCAGAGACAACGACGGGACUCCCUCAGCGCAGAGGGCACGCGUCCGCAAUGUCAGAUGACAUACUUCAAGGCGGAGUCCCCAUCAAGCGGUCAAGUGCUGACCGGGCUGUGGAUUCUCCCCGUGCUUAUGGCUCAGAUCAGACCUUUUCAGGACUUGGUGGCAUAAGAAACCCCUCUGAAGGGGUCACCAGGGAACAAGGCAGAGGUGCCUCGGCUGCCGCAUUCCCUGCUAGAGAACAGCACCCCAGGGCCCGUGACGAAGCUGGCCUGGCAAAGACCCAUCACCCAUCUGCAUCCCAAUCCAGAGUAGAGUCAGAUCGCCCCAGGACGAGAGAGCUGCCGUUGCACAGCUCAGCCCAUCUAAGAAAAGAGGAACGAGAAGCACAGCCUGGUCCCACCCUACAGGACCUAUCCUCAGGCCCUGUGGCCGGAGAUGAGCUUCAAGGACACCCAGAUCAGCACUGGGGGGUGGAUGCAAGCCUGGGUCGAAUCCAGCCCGGGCCAGAUCAGCAUAGAUUGGGACCACAUGGCGUGGACCCACUGGCGUGGCAGCAUCCCAGGACUUACCCACAUGCUGUGGUACCGCACAGCGUGGGUCAGCUCGGUGUGAUGCCACCUGGGAUGGAUGAGUGGGGCUUGGUAACGCCUGGCCCGGAUCAGUAUGGGAUGGUGCCACCAGUGGUACCCGGCACACACCAGCAAGGAUGGGAACUACCUAGCCCAGUUCAGCCUGGUACGGUUCCACCUGGCGCGUAUCAGUAUGACACAGGACUUCCUGGCACAGCCCAACAGCCUGGUGUGGAUCCACGCGGAUGGGUGCCCCUGGCUGCAGAUCAGCGUGGAUUUUUAAUACCUGGCGUGGAUCAACAGGGAUUGGUUCCACACCUCACACAUCAACGUGGUUUGGCAUCCCCUGGUUUGAUGCAAGUUGUUGCAGAUCGGCAAGGUUUUGUACAGCCCAGCUUGGAAACAUCUGAGUUCACUCAUCCUCACACAGAUCAGCAUGAUAUAAUACAGCCUGGGCCAGACCAGCAUGGUUUGGUACCAGCGGGAGCCGGUCAGCGUGGUUUGGUGCAGCCUGGUGCAGAUCGGCAUGGUUUGGUCCAGACUCUUGUAGAUCCAAGUGGUUUGGUCCAGCCUGGUGCUGAUCUACCUGAUUGGGCACAGCCUGGUGCAUAUCCCAGUGGCUGGGGACAGCCUGUUGCGUAUCCUUUUGACUCGGUACAGCCCAAUGUAUAUCCAUCUGGUUUGGUCCAGCCAAGUGCAGUUCAGCCUGGUUUGACACAAUCUGGAAUAGGUCAGCAAGAUUCAGCCCAACUUAGAACGGAUCAGCGCACUUUGGUGGAGCCUGAAAUGGAUGAACAUGGUUUGGUCCAAGUUGGAAUGGAUCACCGUGUUUUGUUCCAGCCUGGCACGGUUCGGCCUACUUUAAUGCAGCCUGGUGCAGGUCAGCGUGGUUUGGUCCAACCUGUUAUAAGUCAGCGUGAUUUGGCUGUCCAACCUGGAAUAGAUCAGCGUGAGUCAUUCCAGCUUGGCAUGGAUCAGCGUGGUUUGGUGCAGCCUGGCUUGGUACAGCCUGGCAUGGAUCAGCGUGGUUUGGUGCAACCUGGUGCAGGUCAGCCUGGCAUGGAUCAGCGUGGUUUGGUGCAACGUGGUGCAGGUCAGCCUGGCUUGGCACAGCCUGGCAUGGAUCAGCGUGGUUUGGUGCAACCUGGUGCAUGUCAGCCUAGCAUGGAUCAGCGUGGUUUGGUGCAACCUGGCACAGGUCAGCCUGGCAUGGAUCAGCGUGGUUUGGUGCAACGUGGUGCAGGUCAGCCUGGCUUGGCACAGCCUGGCAUGGAUCAGCGUGGUUUGGUGCAACCUGGCACAGGUCAGCCUGGCUUGGCGCAGCCUGGCAUGGAUCAGCGUGGUUUGGUGCAACCUGGCAUGGGUCAGCCUGGCUUGGCACAGCCUGGCAUGGAUCAGCGUGGUUUGAUGCAACCUGGUACAGGUCAGCCUGGCUUGGUGCAACCGGGCAUGGAUCAGCGUGGUUUGGUGCAACCUGGUACAGGUCAGCCUGGCUUGGUGCAACCGGGCAUGGAUCAGCGUGGUUUGGUGCAACCUGGCUUGGCACAGCCUGGCAUGGAUCAGCGUGGUUUGGUGCAACGUGGCAUAGGUCAGCCUGGCUUGGCACAGCCUGGCAUGGAUCAGCGUGGUUUGGUGCAACCUGGCACAGGUCAGCCUGGCUUGGCACAGCCUGGCAUGGAUCAGCGUGGUUUGGUGCAACCUGGCACAGGUCAGCCUGGCAUGGCGCAGCCUGGCAUGGACCAGCGUGGUUUGGUGCAACCUGGCGCAGGUCAACCUGGCAUAGGUCAACGUGGUUUGUUGCAACCUGGCACAGGUCAGCCAGCCUUGGUGCAGCCUGGCAUGGAUCAGCAUGGUUUGGUGCAACCUGGCACCGGUCAGCCUGCCUUGGUGCAGCCUGGCAUGGAUCAUCGUGGUUUUGUGCAACCUGGUGCAGGUCAGCCUGGCUUGGCGCAGCCUGGCAUCGAUCAGCGUGGGUUGGUGCAACGUGGCACGGGUCGGCCUGGCUCGAUGCAGCCUGGCACAGAUCACCGUGGUUUGGCACAACCUGGCGUAGCUCAGCCUGGUUUGGUGCAGCCUGGCAUCGAUCAGCAUGGGUUGGUGCAACCUGGUGCAGGCCAGCCUGGCUUGGCACCGCCUGGCAUGGAUCAUCGUGAUUUGGUGCAGCCUGGUGCAGGUCAGCCUGGCUUGGCACAUCCGGGCAUGGACCAUCAUGGUUUGGUGCAUCCUGGUGUAGGUCAGCCUGGCUUGGCACAGCCUGGCAUGGAUCAGCGUGGUUUGGUGCAAACUGGCACAGGUCAGCCUGGCUUGGCACAGCCAGGCAUGGACCAGCGUGGUUUGAUGCAAACUGGCACAGGUCAGCCUGGCUUGGCACAGCCUGGCAUGGAUCAGCGUGGUUUGGUGCAACCUGGCGCAGGUCAGCCUGUCUUGGCACAGCCUAGCAUGGACCAGCGUGGUUUAGUGCAACCUGGCACAGGUCAGCCUGGCUUGGCACAGCCUGGCAUGGACCAGCGUGGUUUGGUGCAACCUGGCACAGGCCAGCCUGGCUCGGCACAGCCUGGCAUGGAUCAGCAUGGUUUGGUGCAACCUGGCAUGGGUCAGCCUGGCUCGGCACAGCCUGGCAUGGAUCAGCGUGGUUUGGUGCAACCUGGCGCAGGUCAGCCUGGCUCGGCGCAGCCUGGCAUGGACCAUCGUGGUUUGGUGCAACCUGGCGCAGGUCAGCCUGGCUUGGCGCAGCCUGGCAUGGACCAGCGUGGUUUGGUGCAACCUGGCGCAGGUCAGCCUCACUUGGCGCAGCCUGGCAUGGACCAUCGUGGUUUGGUGCAACCUGGUGCAGGUCAGCCUGGCUUGGCGCAGCCUGGCAUGGACCAGCGUGGUUUGGUGCAACCUGGUGCAGGUCAGCCUGGCUUGGCGCAGCCUGGCAUGGACCAGCGUGGUUUGGUGCAACCUGGCUCAGGUCAGCCUGGCUUGACACAGCCUGGCAUGGACCAGCGUGGUUUGGUGCAGCCUGGUACAGGUCAGCCUGGCUUGGUGCAGCCUGUACUGGAUCAACGUGGGUUGGUGCAACCUGGUGCAGGUCAACCUGGUUUGGUUCGGUCUGGCAUAGUUCAGCCUGCUUUGGUCCAGCCUGGUGCAGGUCAGGGUGGUUUGGUCCAACCUGGUACAGAUCAGCUUGGUUUAGGGCAUCGUGGAGUGGAUCAGCGUGGCUUGGUACAGGCUGGCACAGAUCCACGUGGCUUUUCUCAACCUGGUGCAUAUCCUCCUGGAUUGAUUCAACCUGGCGCAUAUCCACUUGAUUUGGUACAGCCUGGUGCCUAUCCACGUGGUUUGGUCCAACCUGGUGCUUAUCCACAAGGUUUGGGUCAAUCUAGUGCCUAUCCUCGUGGUUCAAUUCCACCUGGUGCCUAUCCUCGUGGUUUGAUCCAGCCUGGUACAUAUCCACACAGUUUCAUGCAGCCUAGUACUGAUCAGCGUGGUUUGGUUCAACCUGAAAUUGAUCAGUAUGGCUUGAGGCAACCUGGUACCGGACAACCAGGUGUGAUACCAGCAGGCACAGGGCUGCGUGGCUUUCCAGCAUUUCCCCCAGAUUUUCCAAGAUCUUUAGCACAUCCAUAUCACCCUGGUGUAAUACCUCCUGGCAGAUAUCAACAUGGUCAGGUGUCAACACUCCUAGCCAAUCAAGGUUUGGCAUCACCAGGUAUUGGCCAGAAGGGUUUAUCAGAAACUUACCAGCAAGGUUUGUUACAUCGUGGCACAGACCAGCAUGGCCUGACACCAUUAAGCCCCCACGUGGGAUCUGUACAGCGAGCUCAACAGCAUUUGGUUUCGCCUGGCCCAGAUCAGCAUGGCCAGGGACAAGCAGGCACAGAACAGCAAGACCAUGUAUCCUCUAUCCCAGAAUCCUGGGACCGAUCCUAUCCUGGCCCUCACGGCCCAGAUGUCCUGGGGGUAGAUCCACGUGUCCAGAUGGGUUUGGAUCCAAAACAAAUACAUGCCUCAGGCCAGCCUGCCUUUCCCAGGAGCGCAGACUCUCUCAGCGACCUCCACGGAGUUUCCUCCGAAAAGAGCGAUUUCCAGAGCGAGAGACGAGACUCGCUGGAUAAAUUAGCUCCGACCUUCCCCAUGGCAGUGGAAACAUUUCGUCUGAUGGGAGAGCUCCUUGGCCUCUAUGUAGAGCUCAAGGAGAACAUGAAGGAGCUGGACGAGGAGCAGGCUGGCCAGACCGACCUGGAGAAGAUCCAGUACCUGCUCGGCCUCAUGGUCAAAAAGGCUAUACCCCCAGACCUGCAGGAACAGCUGAACACCUUAAAGUCCUUAACCAAAGAAGUUCGGCAGGAAAAAGCAAAGAUGGAGAGGAUGCAGAAGAUCCUGGAGGGCAACGGCGAACACGGAACAGGAAAAGACAUGAAGAAUGGCUCGCUGAGCUUGCAGCUGGGAAUCCUCAGAGUGACCGUGGCUGACAUUGAGAAGGAACUGGCCGAGCUGAGGGAAAGCCAAGAGCGGGGCAAGGUCAGCAUGGAGCACUCGGUCUCCGAAGCCUCCCUCUACCUGCAGGACCAGCUUGACAAGCUCAGGGCGAUCAUCGAGAACAUGCUGGCCUCAUCUUCCACGCUGCUGUCCCUGAGCAUGGCUCCUCACAAGACGCUGUCCACUUUGGAACCUGGCCAGAUUGACCCGGAGGCCACCUGCCCCGCCUGCAGCCUGGACCUGAGCCACCAGGUCAGCACGCUGGUGCAGCGCUACGAGCAGCUUCAGGACAUGGUCAACAAUCUGGCUGCCUCCCGGCCCUCCAAGAAAGCCAAGCUCCAGAGCCAGGAUGAAGAGCUGCUGGGCCACGUCCAGAGCGCCAUCCUGCAGGUGCAGGGCGACUGCGAGAAGCUCUACAUCACCACCAGCAGCCUCAUCGAAGACCACCGGCAGAAGCAGAAGGACAUUGACGUGCUAUACCAGGGCAUAGAGAAGCUCGAGAAGGAAAAGGCCAACAGAGAGCACCUGGAGAUGGAGAUUGACGUGAAGGCUGAUAAGAGCGCCCUGGCAGCCAAAGUGAGCCGUGUCCAGUUCGAUGCCACCACGGAGCAGCUGAACCACAUGAUGCAGGAGCUGGUGGCGAAGAUGAGCGACCACGAGCAGGACUGGCAGAAGAUGCUGGACAAGCUCCUGGUGGAGAUGGACAGCAAGCUGGACCGCCUGGAGCUGGACCCCGUGAAGAAGUUGCUGGAAGACCGCUGGAAGUCCUUGCGGCAGCAGCUCAAGGAGCGCUCUCCCCUCUACCAGGCGGACGAGGCGGCGGCCAUGCGGAGGCAGCUCUUGGCACAUUUCCACUGCCUCUCUUGUGACCGGCCCUUGGAGACAGCUGUGACCGGACAAUUUAUCCCGGUGACUCCUGUGGGCCCAGCCCUGCCUGGGCACCGUUCCACCCGCCCCUACACUAUCUUCGAGCUGGAGCAGGUCCGGCAGCAGAGCCGCAACCUCAAGCUGGGCGGUACCGCCUUCCCUCGGGGCGACUUGGCGCACAUGGAGCGGAGCGUGGGGCGCCUGCGCACCAUGCACUCCAAGAUGCUGAUGGACAUUGAGAAGGUGCAGAUCCACUUCGGAGGCUCGGUCCGGGCCAGCAGCCAGAUGAUCCGGGAGCUGCUGCAGGCACAGUGCCUGAGCUCCCCCUGCUACAAACGGGUGCCGGAGACAGCCGACUACGUGUACUCGAGCGUCCCCCGGCGCUGCGGGGGCAGCCACACCCUCACGUACCCCUACCGCCGCAGCCGUCUACAGCACCUGUCCCAGGGCCUGUACCCCACCGAGGAGGUCCAGAUCGCCAUGAAGCAUGAUGAGGUGGAUAUCUUGGGCUUGGAUGGACAUAUUUACAAGGGACGGAUGGAUACAAGGCUGCCGGGCAUCUUAACCAAAGACACCUCCAUCUCCGGGAUGAGCAAGCACAAGGCCAAGCAUUCCCGGCCCCACGUGCACAGGCAGCAGUCCCUCAGCGACAACGGCCUGCUGCCCUCGAGACCUCAGAGUGCCCAGAUGCUGGCUGUCAACAGCCCAGCUCCUCCUCGUCCACGGAAAGACAGACCCCUGUCGUCCGAGGGGCGCCUCGCCCAGCCCAACACGGCCCACCCGCCCAGCCCCAGCGAGUUGGAGAUGCACAUGGACAUGCCCCCCGGGGAGGGGCCCGAGGAGCCCACCCGGGGACCACGGUCCACCACUGCUCAGUGAGCAAAGGUAUUAAUAAAUGUUUAGGAAGAAG